AAAUCUUUUACUUUAUGUACUAUACGCAGUCAGUCGACACUCCUCUCCCCUUACAUACAUUAUACACAGGGUAAUCGCUUUUAAAUAAUUUAUUUUAAUAACAGAAGUAAAAGUUAUGUUUUCACUUUCUGUCCCUGCAUCAGUUGGUGGGUAGGUGCGCUUUUUGUCGCUAUCCCUGUCGUGGGGCUUUUUUUUGUUCUACAAAUAAACUUGAUAAGAGCCCGAACGUAGGAAUCUGCCACGAAAUAACACUGCGCCCAAUCCCUGGCUCAUCUCUAGCCCCGCCCCUUCCAACACGGCACUGUCACCUGAUUUGGAGAUCUCACCGCCGGCUGGCCUCUAGAGGGAGCAGUGAGACGCGCUGGGAGCUGAAAUGGCUGAGCUGUAUGUGAAGCCGGGCAACCAAGAGAGAGGAUGGAAUGACCCACCUCAGUUUUCAUAUGGGCUGCAAACCCAGUCUGGAGCUGGCAAACGCACACUGCUUAAUAAGAGGGUACCUGCCCAAUUACAAGGCCCUGUACCAGCUCCAGUUUCACAGUCCCUUCCAUCUUCCACUCCACCAAAUAUGCUGCCAGUGUGUCCUCCAAGCACAGUUGGAGCUCCACCCUUAGGAAUAGGCGUUCUACCUCCUAGAUCAGACGCAAUAAGGAAGACUUGCAAAGAAACAGAACCGGAGUGCGACGUUUGCAUAAAGGACGUUUUAUCCCCACUCCAACAAACCUUGGAAAUCUGCAGGGAUUCAGUCACGAAACAAGUUUUCAAUGAAAUCAGUAGGCGACUGACUAUGCUUGAAGACAUGUGGAACAGUGGCAAACUAUCGGCAUCUGUGCGCAAGAGAAUGAGUGUACUUGCAAGAGAACUUCAGGGACAGAACUGGGAUUCUGCAGAUGAAAUCCAUAGGUCCCUGAUGGUUGAUCAUGUUAAUGAAGUCAGCCAGUGGAUGGUCGGAGUGAAACGCUUGAUAGCUGAAGCAAGAAACUUGCCAGAGGCAGCGCUGCUUAGAACAAAUCAAGGAUCCGGGGAUAGCACGAACUCCACUCUGAAGCACGAGAAUUAGACAUUUGCUUUUCAAAACAGUAUUUUAAAAUAUGUUUACGAUAUCAAGAAAAACUUUCCAGCAUGAACAAUGGUGUCUUCAUUUUGCAGUAUAUUUUCAAGUCUUUUAUUCUUUAAUAUAUUCACAUUUUUGUUUUACUUGGGUUUUAUUAAAAUGUUCAAUUUUA